CCACUCAGGACGCGACCUGGAUGGAUUGUUUCGUAGGCAUAUCGACAUGGGCCAAGUUCUUAAUUGGGCAUCUUCUCGUCGCGAUGAUGGCUUGUAGCAUUGUUUGGAUAAUAAUAAGGAACUUUUGGGUCCCCAUCUACACUAGGUAGACACUCGACACAAGUCAAUUCAAACAAUUCCGACGAUGGCUUCUAUCUUGAAACUGCGUACGUGACCAUGGGCGACAAUUCAUAUCUUCAUGUCGAUGUCAAUUCCCUGGCUGCCAAGUCAACGAGACCCAAGAAACCAGCCCUCCAACGGGAGAAAGCCGACAUGACCAUGGAACGGACCAGAUAAACUCAAAAGGCGUGCGAAUAGGCAAUUAGCCGACAAAGCACGUCGACUUCCGAAUAGAGCAUCCGAGGACGAAACCCCACACAUCUGCCGCCCUUGGCCUGCUUAAAGCUUGCUUAAAAGGGGAGUUGUCGAACUUUAUCGCUUGGCGGCUAGAUUACGAGAUCGAGUCUCCAAUUAUCCCGGUUUCUCUAUGACCCCCAGGGAAAUAUGCGAGAUAGUGAGAAUUUCCUCUCUCCAUCUCACUUUUAGGGCUUUAUAGAGAUCGCUGUUCAGAAUGGUGCAAGUCACGUCCUUACUCGCGCUUUGGAGCGUCAGCUCUUUAGCCGGAGUGGCAUUGGGUCAGACGGAUUGUCCUGCUACGGGAACACCGAUUAUCGCUCACAGCGGCGAGCCGGUUGGAAAAGAACAGGUUUACAAUGACAUCAACAUGUAUGUCACGGGCAACACAUCAGAGACAGGUGUACUCUACCUGACAGAUGUGUUCGGGAUUCAAUUGGCGGAGAACAAGUUACUUGCGGAUAGCUUCGGACGAGCCGGGUAUAUCACGGUGGCGCCUGAUAUGUUCAACGGCACACCAGCCCCCGGUGAUAUCAACGGGCAGCCGGAUUUUAACGUGACGAAGUUCUUGGCUGACCAUAGCCCCGAGGCAACUGACCCGAUCAUUGCGACAGCCAUUGACUUCCUGCGCACAGAACUCGGCGUGAAGAAAGUGGUCGCUACCGGCUACUGCUUCGGAGGUCGAUACACGUUCCGCGUACUAGCCGAGGGAAAGGGUGUAUCCGCUGGGUUCGCUGCCCACCCGAGUUUACUAGAGGAUGGUGAGAUCUCGGCGAUCACCGGUCCUGCAAGUAUCGCCGCUGCAGACGGAGAUGAUAUGACGCCUGCCGCGAGGAGGUCGGCGAUUGAGGCAUUGCUUCUCGAAACCGGGCACCCUUACUCUCUUGCGUUGUACGGUGGCACUCAACACGGAUUCGGAGUGCGAGCGAACAUCUCGGACCCGCAGCAGAAGUUCGGGAAAGAAGAGGCAUUCUUCCAGGCCAUCCGGUGGUUCAAUGCAUGGGCCUAAAUCGAUCGCUUCAUCUUCGUUGCGUGGUCUGGCAUCAUGUUUGGUGUGUUUCUCGGAGCUAUGUCGACUACAUAAACCGUAAAUAGUGUUCCAUGGAUGAGAUCUGAUUUUCAGAUGGCAAAUGCAAGUGGAUUAGAUAUGUGCCUCGAUAAUAGGUAAUGACCGACCACAGCUUUGGAAUAAGAUCUAUUUCAUAGAAUUAUGAACCGUUGCUUCGGCGACAAAGACUAUUGUCUUUUAGUUCCAGUGAAUUGUGCUGAGGGAUACGAGUUAAGGGAAUUGUGCCAAGUGGAGGUGUUGACAUUAAUAGGGGUAUUAAUGUGCAUAGUGGACCAUUUAUGAUUUCACAACUGGUAAAAUCCGUUGGAUAUGGUUGAACAAUGUUUGGCGACUGCUGCUUCACGUAGGGCGAUCAAAGUUCCGUUUUAUCAGGCACACAUGUUCGUGCUAUAAUAUGCGCUGUCGAUGCGUGGAGAGGGAUCUUUAUGUAGGCGCGUAGGGCAAACGAUAAUCAUAAACAUUCGAGGAGAUGGGA